AUGGCGACUCCUCGAAACCGAAACGGCGGCUUCAAGCUGCCCACACAUCCCUGCACCCUCGCCACAGAAAUCAACUGUGCCCUACAGCGACUCCAGCAGCCCCAGGGCCCGUACGUCCACCCCCGCACGAUUUCCUUCAAGGAUGGGCAGGGCAAGGCUUUCUGGGACAACCUCCCGGACCGAGCAGACCGAGACCUCGUCGGUAAUUUCACACGCAUUUCGCAUCAAGACAGACAGUGCUGGAUCGGAUUCUUCAGCGUCCCGGAGAGGAACUGGGUCGGCAGCGGCAACGAGUGGGACAAGUUCGUGUGGCACUGCUUCGCGGCCAUGGUGGUGCUUGACGAGACCAAGGGUAAACACUUGUUUAUCUACGACAACGAUACCAAAUAUGGCACGACUGCAGACCUGAGAGUCAAGACUAUGCUUUGGGGACUGCAGAAGAGUCUCUGGGAAGAGCUCAAGAAGAGAUCUGGAUCGGUCACGGUGUGGUAUUCGACUGAUACUCGUCACCGAGGCACCAACAAGUGCCUGCAGCACGCUUUGAGACAAGCUCAGAAGUGGUCUCUGGAACCUGACCGAAAGCUGUCAACCAGCGACGAAAAGCCCGACAGCAGGACCAUUGGCUACGUGCAGUUGGAUGCUUGA